AUGGGUUAUUACAAAUUGAACUGGGAUGCAACCAUUGCUAAAGAAGCUAGUAAAGUUGCGAUAGGUGCAGUUAUAAGGGAUCAAAUGGGUCUAGUUGUUGGCACUCUUCAAGCUCAGAAAGUUCUUUUUGUAGAUUCCUUUAUGGCAGAGGCCUAUGCUCUAAUGCUAGCUGUCAUUUUUUGUCGAGACAUGGGUAUACAAGAUAUUAUCAUGGAGGGAGAUGCGCUACAAGUCAUCCAUGUUCUGAACAAAGCAACUACUGAUUGGAGCCAAGGUGGAGUUCUAAUUGCAAACGCUAAAAUGAUACUCAAUACCUUGCAUUCAUGGUCAGGUUCUCAUGUCAAGAGGGAAGGAAAUAAAGCUGCCCACAUUUUAGCCAGAAAUACUCCGUCCCUAGAGGAAGACUUAUAUGUACUGGAAGAUUAUCCAGCUUGUAUACAUUCCAUUAUUCUUAGUGAGAUGAUGUAA